GUCCGUUUCUGAACAAAAAAUCGAAUAAAUAAAUACAAAGUCUUUUUAAAAGGUCCCUUCUUUGAGUUCAUUUGAAAGGGGAAUAAUUUGGUGGAAUUUUAGACAGGGAAACAGGGAGUUAUCUUUCAUGGCUAGGGAAUAUGGCCGACUGAAAUCAUGCAAGCAAGUUUGUAAGUGCACGCUGAACUGACGACUUAUAUUAAAAAUUGCAUGUAUCAGACUUAAAAUGAAGUUACUUAUUGUUGUUUGGUGCCUAUUGUGUAAAGCUCAAGAGAAGGCGCAUGGUUCAGUGAUUCCUACAGGAUCAGUAGCUUCCAUAGGGCAAGCUUCACAAUUGUCAUGUUAUUUUGAGGACAGCGACUGUGGCUAUACUAAUUCACAGGCGAAUGAUUUUAACUGGACAAGAAAUUCUGGUCCCACAAAAUCUGAUGGUACUGGACCACCUGCAGAUCAUACAUACGGAACCGAAUCAGGUCACUACUUUUACAUUGAAACAUCACAACCAAGGACUCUAGGGGAGAAAGCUCAACUGUUAUCAAGAGCAGUGUCUUUAACUAGUGCAGUAUGUGUAUCAUUUUAUUAUCAUAUGUACGGUUAUCAUAUAGGAGCACUCAAUGUGUAUGUGAAUAGCUCUGGUGUACCGGUCUGGUCUAGGAAAGGUAAACAGCAGGACAGAUGGACUGUGGGACAACUUACAAUGCAUCCUGGACAAAAUCAACAGGUACGCCAGGGUUGUCUACUGUCACCUCUUAUCUUCUCGGUUGUCAUCGACUGGAUUAUGAGAACCUCCAUGACACCACCAAGAGGCAUCCAAUGGUCACUCACUGCCAAGCUUGAAGAUCUAUACUAA